CUAGUAGAGACAUUUGAUCGAGAAUUGACCAAUGAGUAGCGUAGUAUAUGGUUGAAGAAGGCUCGAAGCAGAACCAAGCAACAAAAAAUGGCGAUGUUCUGUAAAUUCAUCUCAGAUGACGUUUGAAACUCCUAGAAGGAAGGUAUUCCUAUUCAAAAAUGGUGCAGAUUCUUCUCCAAUGCUCUUCUCCUCCUCCUCCGCCUCCUUCUCCUACUUCCUCCAGGGGAAUGCCUGGCAAAGUAAUGUUGAAGAAUGGUUUUGAGCAAUCUUCUCUAAGAAAGCUUGUGUCCCAGCAUGUACUCUCUGGAUUUGCUGCUUCAUUGAUAUUUCUCACUCAAACAAACCAGGCUAUCUCAGGAGAUAUACCUCGCCGUGAAAACUUGUGUCAGCUUGCAAGUGCAGAGAAUGCUGCAGGCCUUCCUUUUGUCAAUGAUUCUGAUGGAGGGGGGAGGUUGAUGAUGAUGAGAGGGAUGACAGCCAAAAAUUUUGAUCCUGUUCGAUACUCAGGAAGAUGGUUCGAAGUUGCAUCACUUAAACGUGGAUUUGCUGGCCAAGGUCAGGAAGACUGCCACUGCACCCAGGGUGUUUACACAUUUGAUAUGGCGACACCAGCAAUACAAGUAGAUACCUUUUGUGUUCAUGGAAGCCCCGACGGAUAUAUAACUGGGAUAAGAGGAAGAGUUCAGUGUCUUGCAGAGGAAGAUUUACAGAAAAACGCAACUGAGCUGGAGAAGCAGGAGAUGAUCAAGGAGAAAUGUUACCUGCGUUUUCCUACAUUGCCAUUUAUCCCUAAGGAGCCAUAUGAUGUCAUUGCAACUGAUUAUGACAACUUUGCUAUAGUUUCUGGAGCUAAAGACCUUAGCUUUGUUCAGCAAACAGGAGAGUAUGAUUUGCAAACUAUAAAGAUGUUUGAGACCAUUUUUGGCAUACAUUGGUGCAGAUUACAGAAAGAUAUAUUCAAGAACGCCAAACCCGGGACGCGAUUUCAUAGAGAAGUACAAAUCAUAUUUGUCAAACUUCGGGUACGAUCCAAGCAAAAUCAAGGACACUCCUCAAGAUUGUGAAGUAAUGUCAAAUAGUCAGCUAGCUGCAAUGAUGUCAAUGAGUGGAAUGCAACAAGCUUUGACAAAUCAGUUUCCAGAUUUAGGGCUGAAGGCUCCUAUUGAACUCAACCCUUUCACAAGUGUAUUUGAUACUUUCAAAAAGCUACUAGAACUCUAUUUCAAGUAGUAGUUCUGCUGUGCUAUCCGUGUUGUUGAGCACGCUGGUUUAAACGCUAAUUAUUGCUUUAUUUAAAUUAUCGAUUAUUUUCUCAA